UGUUUCAUUAUGUGAAGAAGACAGGAUCGGGUCACACCCACCGUGACACACUGCCGCCCUCCACUUCCCCAUUUUUAGUCCAUACUUUCGACCUCCAAUCAUCACAUCACAUCACACACAUCCCAGUGUCAGAGAUGAGUUACCCCGGAUACCCUCCUGCAGGUGGAAGUUACCCGCCUGCCUCCGGCCCGUAUCAGCAGGCCCCGGGCGGAUAUCCACCCCAACCGGGAGCCUACCCUCCCCAGGGCGGAUACUACACCCCUCAGCCCGGCGCGUUUCCCCCCGGAGCAGGAUACCCCCCUCAGGCCGGCGGAUACCCUCCCCAGGCCGGCGGCUACGCCCCCCAGGCCGGCGGUUACCCUCCUCAGGCUGGCGGUUACCCAGCUGCCCCGGGAGGAGGCUUCCCGCCCCAGGCAGGAGGUUACCCCGCCGCCCAGCCCGGGACCUACCCCAACAUGCCCCCUGCAGCAGGUGGAUGGGGCGCCCAACCCGGCUUUGGAGCUCCGGGUGGAGGAAUGCCUCAGGGUUACCCCGGGGUCCCAGCGCCGGGACAGCAGCCCAUGCCAGUGUACCCAGGUGCUCCAAACCCGUCAAUGCCCGGGUACGGAGGGGGCGUCCCGACCGGACCGACACCACCGGCCGCUCCUGCUGUCAAUAAGGGUUACCGCGGUACCAUCAAGGACUUUCCUGGCGCCGAUCCGCUCAGAGACGUCGAGGUGUUACGGAAAGCCAUGAAGGGCUUCGGAACCGAUGAAAACGCCAUUAUUGAGCUUCUCGGCAGUCGAUCCAACAAGCAGCGCGUGCCGUUGAAGGCGGCGUAUAAAACCACUUACGGCAAGGAUCUGGUUAGCGACCUGAAGUCGGAGCUGAGAGGAAACUUUGAAAGUCUGGUGCUGGCCAUGCUGAAGGCUCCUGCGCACUUCGAUGCCUCUGAACUCAGGGAGGCCAUAUCGGGUGCAGGAACCGAUGAGGCCUGUCUCAUAGAGAUUCUGUCCUCUCGUAGCAAUGCUGAGAUUCGUGAGAUUACUAAGAUCUAUAAAGCAGAGUACGGUAAAUCUCUGGAGGAUGCCAUCAGCGGAGACACGUCUGGACACUUUCGCCGUCUGCUCGUCUCUCUGUCUCAGGGUAAUCGAGAUGAGAAAGAGACUGUGGAUAUUUCGAUGGCCAAACAGGAUGCUCAGAAACUCCACGCUGCAGGAGAGAAUAAAGUCGGCACGGACGAGUCUCAGUUUAAUGCGAUUCUGUGCGCUCGCAGUAAACCUCAUCUGAGACAAGUGUUUCAUGAGUACCAGCAGAUGUGCGGCAAAGACAUUGAGAAGAGCAUCUGCGGUGAGAUGUCUGGAAACGUGGAGUCUGGAAUGGUGGCAGUGGUGAAGUGCAUUAAAAACACUCCUGCCUACUUUGCUGAACGUCUCCACAAAGCCAUGCAGGGUGCAGGAACCAAAGACCGGACUCUGAUCCGCAUCAUGGUGUCCCGCUCUGAGGUGGACAUGCUGGAUAUCAGGCAGGAGUAUCUGCGGCUGUACGGGAAGUCGCUCUACACUGCCAUCUCUGGAGACACCUCUGGUGAUUACAAGAAACUGCUCCUGAAGCUGUGCGGAGGAAGUGACUGAAGAACCAGGAAGUCCGAUGCGUUACCAUGACGACUGGAUAUGUGACGUCAUCAUAUUAAUCACGCUCGUAUAUCAAUGUGUCAAAUAAUAUCACUAGUGUCAUGUUAACUAAUACCGUAAUCUCUCUUUACAGCUUUAUUAAUUUCACAGCCAAAAAUAGGAUUUCAUUUGUGCCAUAGAAAAAGUAUUACUAUAAUACAGUUCAUUAUUAGUUUUAUUUUGCUAUCUAUUCAGACUAUGCAUGAUAUCUAGAGAAGCUAUAUUUUGUACAGUGUCUUCAGUACCUGAUGCCAAAUCUGUGCUGUCACUCGCAACCAAAACUACAAUCUGUUCUUCAUCUCUGAAAUCUGAAAUGCCUUGGACGACUGAGUCUCUUGAAGUACUGAAAUAUAUGCCAUAGUUUUUAUAUAGUGAGCUUUAUGAUCUCUAUGCAAGAAGAUAUCAAUCAUCAUGAAGGUCUUGAUGGGUCAGUCUCAUGAAAACGUGUCAUAUUUCACCCCAAAAUCAAAAUAUAAAUAAAAAAAAAAAGAUCUUUGCUUAAAGAAAGUCAAGGCUAUUUUAGGAACAUUGAGCUGUUUGCAUCAUCACACUUUUUCAUGACAAUUAGGCAUAUUUUUCUGCUAAAUUUCCUGUAAUGCAUAAUAGGUGUUUCUUUUUCGUAAUUCUCAUUUUUCUGAAUAGUGAUACUUAAUAAAUGCUGUUUUAAACUAAUGUAAUCAUAUUUUGUACAACAAAUACUAACAUUGCUUAAUAACAUUUUUUAUGCAUAUCUGUGGCUCUAAAACAGAUGUUUGUUUUAUUUGAGUUUGGGAUGAAAUAUGAUCAGUUUUGUGAGAUUGGCCCUGUUUGUUGUCAUCGUCCAUGACUAGCAUGAAUGUGAAUCGCUGCAGCAGUAGAGGGCAGUAAAGUCAGCAAUCUUUCAUCCUGAUAAUCACUAGCUAAACAGGAGAUUCUGACCUGUUUAUUAACAUGAAGAAGACCACUCUUUUCAGGGAUUUCUAGCCUGUUUUUUUAGUAUGUUCACUCAAACUAAUCUGUACUGUUGUGUAAUAACAUUUGUGUCUGGUUAAUAAAAACACUUCAUGAA